AUGGGUCAGACAGCCACACAGUCAUUCGCGUUCGCCAGCUCCGAUGCUUCAGGCCCAACCGCUGGCCGAGGCAUGCCGCCUGGAGUAAGGCUGGAGGACUCCGAGGUUAGGAAUAUCUUUUUCGUGGAGAAAGCGAUUCUGGCCUGUCCUCUGCCUGGGAAGGGCUGGAUUGAACUCGGUCGCUGGAAUCCUAUUUCCCUGGCACUGCUGGCGCCGGCAUGGUCCUACCAAAUCGCAGGCACUGCAGACCAUUGGUGGUUCGUUGCGAGGAGUGCUGACAAUAUGUAUUACUAUGCAGCUCAGUUCUGUGUGGACCAGACCGGGAAAAAUCAUAUCACAGGCUUGGCAUACCUUGGAAUGUGGGCAGCCAUUGCCUGUGGCCUUCAGUAUCCGGAGGAGACGUCGCAGUACGUUUAA